GGUGUAGUCAGCUGACGAGAAGUGUCAAACGUCAGUCCUUUUUCUGCCGUUGUAUUGUAUCUAAAUUAUUAAUUUAAUAUUAGUAACAAAUUUAUCUUAUGUUUAAACGAUAAAAUUAAUGUAAUCUUACGUAGUUUAUACUGUCUGAAUUAUCGAAAAUAUUUUGUUGUGGAAGUGGUAAAGUACAAAGUUGGAACGAUGACAAUGGGAGAUGAGACACCAGUUACCUCACUAGUUCUUCCUGUAUUGAUACGUCCAAUUCUAUCUCAGCUGGAGAGAAGAGAUGUGGUGGCCUCACAGACACUCAGGGCCGCCCUGACCAAGGUGGAGUCUGUACAUCCUGGCUUUACCUACGACUUUGUGGUGGGGAUCAUGCACCACGGUGAUCUCAGUGUGAACAUGAACGAGAGUGUGCUGCGCCUACAGGGAGCGGCUUCUGAAACUGAUGCUGUGGAGUAUCGCUUGAGCCGUUCAGAAGAUGCUUUCCAAGAGCUCAACAGGAAAUCUGCCGCCUUGAAGAAAAUUCUAAGUCGAAUACCAGAUGAAAUAACAGAUCGGAAAACAUUCUUAGAAACAAUCAAGGAAAUUGCAAGUGCCAUCAAGAAGCUCCUGGAUGCUGUCAAUGAGAUUGCUGGGUUCAUCCCCGGACCUAAUGGGAAACAGGCUCUGGAGCAGCGCAAGAGAGAGUUUGUUAAGUUCUCCAAACGCUUCAGCAAUACCCUUAAAGACUACUUCAGGGAAGGCCAAGCCAAUGCAGUGUUCAUCAGUGCUCUGUACCUCAUACACCAGACCAAUAUGAUCAUGGCCACUGUGAAGAACAAGUGUGAAUAAAUUUCCUAUUGUUGUAUAUAGAUAAGUACAUACAUUAUUUUGGAGAUGAUAAAUAAUUUAUUCUAAUGAUAUAUUAGAGACUGAACAUAUUAAACAAUAAUGUAUUGAAAAUGACACUAUUAUUAAUCAUGUUAUCAUUAUGAAAUAAAUAUAUUAUAACAAUUAAUUAAGUUUCUGUUUCUGUCCCUGAAAAACAUAGGAUGAUGUCUCUUGAACAGUGUACUGAAUUAAACGGCUAUAUUGCAA